GGAGGUGACCGAUCCCGUGUUACAUCAUCAUCAUGGCGGGGAUCGGGAAGCACAGACAGAUUCCAUCACUUGUUGGUACUCCUAAUCAGAGCUUUAGGGGUAUGCAGACUAGUCAGAGGGGCCCAGUACAGGUAUUCACGCAUUCAGAGGAGGUGUUGGAAGAUUCAGACACCUAUUCCUUAAGAGCAAAGAACUGGCCAGUCCCAGUCAAAGUACAGGAGGAACUCGUCACACCAGGAAAUGUUUUAUCAAGUGGACUGAUUGGACUCCAUGGAUCUGGUUGGGUUGUAUUUGUUACUCAAAAGAGAGCUUACCUCUGGAGACAGUCAUUAGAUCAAGGACCAUCGGGUGUCUCUCAUCAGCUCUCUCUGUCUCCUACUGCUUUACAAUGGAACUCAUCACUGAUUGAUAUUCACUCAGCAUUCCCUCAUACACCAUCCAGCACGCAAGUACUAGCCGUUUCGCCUGAAGGUAUUGCGUCGUUUUGGAAGAACAUCCUUCAUGAGAGUCCUGACUUUAGCUUGAAACUAGAGCUGAGCAGCGACACUGUACAUUCUGUGAGGAAACUUCAAGGCUCCGAUGGAUAUGUGUUGCUCACUGCUUCAGGAUCCUUACUUUUAAUAAAUACUUCAGUGUCACAGCCAUUGAUCACUGUGAUCCCAGUUGGUCACCAAAGCCACGCUUUCUCUGGAUUUGGUAAGAGACUCUCUUCUCUCUUCUUUGGCGGAGGGACCAAAGGUCUAACUAAUAGUUCAGUUAAAAUGGUUACAUGGAAUGUUAGUGAGCAAUCAUACGAUAUAUUAUUUGUAUUGACGUCAGCACAUCUUCAAUGCUGGAAGGUUUAUUCUUCACUUGAAAUGGACCAGAUGAUGCUCCUAGACUUUGAUGUGUUGUCAAUGAUCAAAGCUGACUUCCAGGACCUUAAAUGGGUUAAUUCUCACUUACGUAAGAUGUGGCUAUUAGACAUGCAAGCAACCUGUGAAGGGCUCAUGAUAUUAUUUGGAGCAUCAAUGGAUUCAUCAGUGGUACUGUAUGGUAUUGCUGUAUUGCCACUGUACAUGGAGUCUCCACCAUACUCAUGCACUAGUAUAAUUCAGCUAUCACUGACCAAUGAGCAUCAGGAUGAUACUGAGCCAGUAUUGCUUGAUGUCUCAAUGGAAGGAUCUCAUUCAUCACCACAAUUGUCUGUAUACACUGGAAACCUCAUAAUACCAAUACACUGCUCUCAUUUGAGUAAUGUUAAUAACGCUCAGAAGAUCUCAUUUCCUGAACCAAAUCUCAUUCUAGGAUCAGGCAUAUUUGAAGGAGACGUAUUAUUCUUUACUAAACAACACGGAGUCAUAUCUCUCUCUGCCUUCCCUCCAACGCCAUCAGCUUCACCUCCUAAGAAAAUUAAGAGUACAUAUGUCACAAGUGGCCAGACACUACAGCAACUACUAACUGCUAGCACUGGAGGAGUACCUACUGAUGGAAUGGAGACAGAAACAGAGCAGCUCCAACAAGCUUUUCUACUCUAUCUAGGAAACAACAUGGCUGAAGCAGUUGAUUUAUGCUCUCAGCUGUUUCCAGUUAGUUCGUUUGCAGGUGGUGUCAAUACGGCUGGUGAUGUAUGCUCGAUUAGACUCAGUGAAAUGAUUCUUAAUGAUGUACCGGCCUCUGAUCCAAGAUGGAACAAGACAGAUACCCUUGGUUCCUAUUCACUAAUAAUACUUAAUCAGCUCCAAGAUAAGCAGAAAGCUCACCGCAAACUUAUUCAAUUCCUCAUUGAUAUGGAGCUGCUUAAUCUUUUGACUUGUGUCACUCUCAGAGGGUCAGUGUUGCUAACUCGUAAUGUUUUGUGUGAGAAUUCAGAGAAGAUUGCAGCCAGCAUUGCACUGAGGGAAAACCAGAAUAAAGAUGUUGAAGAAGCUGCUAAGAUUGUUGUUCAAAAGCGCUCCCCAUUAUCACAAAUACGUCCAGGACUAACCACACAAGAUGUAUUCUAUAGCCAAGUUUCACUGAUUGAUGAGAUAUUUCCUCCACUGAUACAAUCAUGCGAGUCUUUCAGUGCUGAUGGAGAUAUGGUUGGUGUCACUAGAAUAGCAUUCACUAUAAAAUCCAUGUUAAGUAGUGCUAUACAGUAUCGUAUAAGCCAUGUUGAUUUAUAUACUAGCAGUAGGCCAAUUCGAAGGGUCUAUCAUACUGAAUUUAUACCAUGGACUGCCUGUGAAGAGAUGUUGGAUCUAUUGAGAAGGCUCCUUAGUUCAAUGCUGGAUCAAUGGGCCACUUGUGAUGAUCAGCCAAUCAGUGAUAUUGAUCAGGAAUCGUUCUGGUCGGUCUAUUCUGAUCUCGCAUCAAUUCUGUUCACCGGAUCAUCUGAUCUCUAUGACUCUAUCAAGGACCAUAAAGAUAAUGAGCAUAGAGUGCUAGAGGUUCAAAAUUCAUUGAGUAAAGACAAAGAUCACUUCAUUCUUUUGGCUUUGAAUCUAGGUAGGGUUGGUUUGGCUCUACAGUUGGCAGAGGAGUGGUCGCACUUUCCCACGAUACUGCAAGUAUUUGAGGAACAAGGGGAUACGGAGCUGCUCAGGAAUUAUCUGGAAGUUUUUAAAGAUAAAGGUUUUGAUGAGUUUAUCUUCCAUUAUUAUAUUGAUAAUAAGAACAUCAAGCAGUUGAUAGAGCUCACUAACUUGUUCCCAGAGUCACUGAGCAAGUUUCUUAAUGAGUAUCCAGAGCUUCAGUGGCUCCAUCUAAUAGCCACUGACAAGUAUAAUGAAGCAUCAGAGUCACUGAGAAGAGUAUCGGAUAAUGAGGAAGCUUUCUUAUCACGAAAGAAGACUGCACUGAGUCUCAGUAAGCUUGCACUGCUGGCUGCUGGGGGCCACUCAUCAGGAAAGACUGCUGGUGAGUUGGAGGAGAUCAACUGUGAGUUACAAAGGAUUGAAUAUGCUGAGAAACUACCAGAAAAUUCACUAAAGAAAAUAGGCGUGAAGGAUAUUAAUGAUUUGCCUCCAUUGCCUCCUGAAGAUGUCAUUAAAUUGUUUCUUGAAGGAGAAGACAAUCAGCUAAUGUACACAAUGUUUGCACUUAAUUAUCUUCUACUUGCUUAUCCUGAAUCAGAGAGUGAAGAGAGAAGACAGUUACAAGUAUUGAUCUGGAGUCAUGUGUUACUACAAACAAAUUGGUCUGAGUUCAAUACUAGUGGAGACAUAAUGGAGGAACUUCAGGAAUCACUCAUGUUUAAGCUGAUGAAUGAAUGCCAUCAUAAUUUUGCUGAUGUUAAGCAGUUGUUGCCUGCAAUUGAAGACUUGCUCUCAUCUCAGUUGCUGGUUGAUAAAGGACUGGAUAGUUCUGCUAUAUUGAUCUAUUGUGUCAAGUUGUGCUAUGAAAGAGUCACUGAACUCCAGCAUUAAUUCUUUUGAAUUUUUUAUGUUGAUGAUUAGACUGCUAUGAAUUUUA